AUGGUGAUAAAAAGACACAGUAUUCUCCUUUUUGGGGACUACACGGACCCCUGGAUUGAUGCCUUGGAUGGAAUCACGCUGCAAGCCGCUUCGAGUCCUUGGCUGCAGAAAUUCCUAGAUGAUGUUGCGUCCAUUGUGCUGGCCGAGACACGGCAGAUGGACGGACCGCUGCGGCAGAGCUUGACAGUGGGGAGCACGGGUGUCAUGUUUUCGAGCCUGGCCGACCUGGCAGACGCUCAUCGGGGCAAGACGGACGACGUCGGCUUUGUCGAUGCCGUCAUGGUCUACAUUGUGAGAGCUGCGGCGCUUCUUGGGUGA